AUGAGGAUGGUGGUGGGCGUGAUGGUCCUUGGUCAGCUACUGACGAGGAUCUUGCUCGCGGCCCACGCAGGAGAUCGCCUCGCGGCAGCUCGCAGAAUUCUAAGGGACGUGCCACUGAUAGAUGGGCACAACGACCUACCCUGGAACAUACGGAAGUUCCUGAAGAACCAGCUGAGGGAGUUCAGGUUUGAUGACUUAAGUGACAUUCAUCCCUGGUCACGGAGCGCCUGGAGCCACACGGACCUCAAGAGAUUGAAACAGGGCAUGGUUGCGGCGCAGUUCUGGUCCGCGUACGUGCCCUGCUCGUCGCAGCAUCUCGACUCGGUGCAGCUGGCCCUGGAACAAAUUGACCUUAUUCGCCGAUUGGUCAACAAGCACGCGGACAGUAUGGUGCUCGUUACCACAGCAGAAGGUAUCGAGAGGGCGCACAAAGAGGCUAGAUUAGCGAGCCUGAUAGGGGUCGAGGGGGGCCACGCUGUCGGAGCGAGUCUGGCGGUCCUGAGGAUGCUGUACGAGCUGGGCGCCAGGUAUCUCACCCUCACGCACACGUGCAACACGCCUUGGGCAGACUGCAGCACGGCGGACGAACCCGGUCAAGUGCCUCAAAUCGGCGGUCUCUCGAAUUUCGGCAAGAGUGUCGUACUGGAGAUGAAUCGACUUGGGAUGAUGGUGGACCUCUCUCAUGUCUCGGUGCCCACGAUGCUGGCCGCCAUGAGGACGUCGAAGGCGCCGGUGAUCUUCAGUCACAGCAGCGCUCACGCUCUUUGCAACUCCUCGCGAAAUGUGCCUGACCACGCGCUGCGACUUUUGACGCAGAACGGUGGUAUAGUUAUGGUAUCCUUCUAUCCCCAUUUUAUCAGCUGUGGCGAAAAAUCGACGCUCGAGGAUGUGGCAGCGCACAUCAAUCACGUGCGGAAGAUAGCCGGGGUGGAUCACGUCGGCAUCGGGGCUGGAUACGACGGGAUCAAUUUGACACCAACGGGUCUCGAGGACGUCAGCAAGUACCCGGAGCUCUUCGCGGAAUUGCUAGCGCAUGGAUGGUCGGAGAAAGACAUCCAGAAGUUGGCUGGUCUGAAUCUUAUACGGGUGUUCAAGGCGGUGGAACAGAUUCGCGACAACCUGGCCGCGGAGGGUAUGGAGCCGCUGGAGGAGGAGAUCCCGCAGGAGGAUAUAAUCGGUCGCGAUUACUGCCGUUACACCAUAAAGCGCCUGAUGGCGCCUUAAGCUGCCGGAAUCCUCUCGGCGAAGCGCCGAGCGAAACGUAACUCGCAAACGAGUCGAGUGAUCGAAACGGAAACAGAGAGAU